GCCUCAUUCUUGCGUCGCCAAAUUGCCCACCUCUCAUCUCCUCGUCUCUUCCUGUGGUUGCAGCUCGAAACGUGAUUGUGCACUUCAAGACGGGAAUUGAAUAGUUUGCUCAUGCCUACGUAUCGGAUUCUGCUGGCGACUGUUCUCAUACUUGCGGCUUUUGCACUGGAGAGUGAGAGAGCGAAGAGAGCACAAAGUCAAGAUGUAGAUGAGUGUAGUGAUCAGAACGGAGGUUGUAGUGACGAUUGUGUUGAUACGCCAGCGUCUUACGUGUGCAAAUGUCCAUCUGGAUUUGCUCUGUCUGAUGACUCAUUGUCAUGCAAAGAUAUCAAUGAGUGUUUGGACGAGAACUUGUGUGAUCAAACGUGUCACAAUCUGUAUGGAAGUCAUGAAUGUGUGUGUUUGCCUGGGUACGAAUGGUAUUCAAAGAGAGGAGCUUGCGUUGUCAGCCAAACCAAAGUCAAGUUUGUUUUGGCAAACGAGAAAGAAAUCGGCAUGAUAAACGAUAACAAUCUCAACAGCUAUCACGCUGUUUCCAUGGCAAAGAAUCUAAAGAACGCAUCUGCAGUUGAUUAUCAUUACGAACGAGACGAAGUGUACUGGUCGGACACCACAGAACACACAAUCACAAGAUCGUCACUUUUAACAGGAAACCAAAAAAAGAAGGUUGUGAUUGACUCAAAUCUUGGACAAGUCGAGGGAAUUGCUAUUGACUGGGUAAAUAACAAAUUGUAUUGGACAGAUCGAAAAAAUGGAAGCAUUGAACGAGCAAGUCUAGAUGGUCAAAAUCGAGAAGUUAUUUUGUCUAAUCUGGGAGAUGUCGUUGCUAUUGUUCUCGACCCCUUGAAUGACAAACUGUACUACAGUGUUUUGAAUGCUGCAGCUUACAUAGGACAGGCUGCUCUGAAUGGGUCCGACGCUACCACCUUUCUUAGUGCUGUUUCCACACCAAUCAGUCUUUCUGUUGACUUUGUGAGAAAGAGACUGUAUUGGGGUGAUGCGACAACUAAGAAAAUCGAAUACGUGUCUCUCACAGGUUCAGGCCGAACGGUAGUCUAUACAAGCACAAACGGAAUUCAAUCAUUGUCGGUGUUUGAGGACCGAGUUCUGUUCAUUGACCAUUCGUUGACUACGAUUUGCUAUGUCAACAAAUUUACUGGAGACGGCCCUAAGUGUGACACAGUGUCAAGUAACAGUUACAGUUGGGAUGUAAAAAUCGCACAUUUUCUCAAUCAACAAGGCACAGGUUGUCCUGCUGGUAAGUAUGGCGUUGCAAAUGGCUGUACAAAGAACUGCAAGUGUCAACAUGGUUUAUGUGAUCCUGUCGAUGGAAAGUGUACGUGUGACUUCGGAUAUACUGGAAAGUAUUGUGACAAAGUUUGUAGCACAGGAAAGUAUGGUGCCACCUGUGAUAAAAAAUGUGUUUGUAAGAACGAAGGAGUGUGCUCACGUGUGACGGGAGAAUGCACUUGUCAGACUGGAUAUCGAAGUUAUGAUUGCUCAGAAAAAUGUGACGCAAAUAGCACUAAAUGCAUUGCUUGCGCGUGUUUGAAUAAUGGAGUGUGUGGAAGUGAUGGCUCGUGUGUAUGCAAGUCUGGAUAUAGUGGCAGUCUCUGUGAGAAACAGACUAGCACAGCAGCACCCCAGACUGGCACAGCAGCACCCCAGACUGGCACAACAGCACUCCAGACUACCACAGCAGCACACCAGACAAACGCAGCACUGCCCCAGACUACCACAGCAGCACCUCAGACUACCAUAGCACCCCAGACUACCACAGCAGCACCCCAGACUACCACAGCAGCACCCCAGAUUACCACAGCAGCACCUCAGACUACCACAGCAGCACCCCAGACUACCACAGCAGCACCCCAGACUACCACAGCAGCACCCAAGACUACUACAAUUGCACCCCAGACUACCACAGCAGCACCCCAGACUACCACAGCAGCACCCCAGACUACCACAGCAGCACCCAAGACUACUACAAUUGCACCCCAGACUACCACAGCAGCACCCAAGACUACUACAAUUGCACCCCAGACUACCACUGCAGCACCCCAGACUACCACAGCAGCACCCCAGACUACCACAGCAGCACCCCAGACUACCACAGCAAAGCCACCUGAGACAGUGUGUCCUACUUUCACGUUUGGUUCUACAUGCUCUCAGACAUGUGAUUGUUCAUCGAAUGCUGUCUCUUGUAACGACGUCAGUGGCCAAUGUAACUGUGCACCGGGUUACAAAGGAUUGCAAUGUGAAGAAGAGUGUCCAGAGGGAACGUUCGGUACUGAUUGCUUGAUGAAAUGUUCUUGCUUAAAUGGUGCAACGUGUGACAGAGAGAAUGGAAUAUGUUCGUGUACUCCAGACUACACAGGUGCCAGCUGUGAAACACAUACAACAGAUGCUCUUUCCUCUCCCUCAUCAUCGUCUGAAGUCGAAAACCCUUGCUUGUCUUUAUUCUGUCUAAACGGUGGUUCGUGUGAAAUGCAACUUGGCUCACCCAUCUGCACUUGUACCAUCUUCUGGACUGGUAGUACAUGCCAGAAUCCACGUUCUUCUGAGUGCCUUUCUGAGUCAACAACAGAAGAGAUACUUCGCUGUUUUGAAAUAGCAGAAUCAAAAGCUAGGGAUGCACAGUCUUCUAACCAGCAGUUGUCUAACCAACAGAUUUACAUUGCUGUUGGGAUAGUCAUUCCACUUGUCAUUGGUCUCUUGAUUGUGGUCUUUGUCUACCAUCGCUACAAGAAGCGAGGUAAAACGCAUAAUAGUGAAGGUGGUAACACUCUAGACCAAAAAGGCAUGGUAUUUCAGAAUCCUGCGUACGAUGAACUACCUGCUCUACAACAGAAAACUAGUUGUGAGAGUGGUGCCAACCUCGACAACCCCUUAUACGGUGACAUCAUUGUCAUACCAAACAGUAGUCACCAUAAAGAAACAGGAGACAAUGAACAGCCUCCUCAAUCAGACUAUGAAGAGCCUGUUCAAUUCGAAGCUGUUGCUACAGUGGAUGAUACAGUGAAAGAAGAGAGCAACCCCAUGAACGAGAGUGGAGACACAAUUUCUUUGUGCUACAAUAAAGUCAAUACGAGCAGCAACCAAAGUCCUUUCGACAACCAAACAAGCGUAGAGUGUAACACGUCUGAUCCUGCUGCUAACAUCUAUGACAACAACGACAGUGUUCCCAGUCAGCAAGUUGAUGGAAGUGUGAAUAUCAAUGACAAUCCGGGUGAGGAUGAUUUGUAUGAAGAACUCCCGUAGUGUUUUAAUACAAUGUUUCCACAUUUUGAACAUUAAGACAAAGCACAUCAUAUCAUAUUAAUAACCCACAAUUUGCAUACCGAGGUUAAUUUUGCAAAAACACAAUUAGGUAUGUCAAACAAUUCGCGAAUUUCUGGUAUCAUGUAUCACUGCAAAGUAUUUUGCUUAUGAUUUUUACAAUGAUUGUAUCAUAUUAUAUCAUGUAUUUGAAAUAUAUAUCUACAUACA